AUUUAAAAUUAUUGUCAUAUGCAUUUAUCUUCACUCUGAUGAGGGCUCAGACGUGAUAACACCCCUGGCUCCCUAUCCCCAUAGGAGCUGGUGUGAGAGCUGCCUGCUGCAUCCCCUCCAUUAGCCACAGCUGUUGGAUUUCCCACCCAGAAUCUUUAGGUAAAUGAGAUCAUGAUUCUGGAAGGAAGUGGUGUAAUGAAUCUCAACCCCAACAGCAACCUCCUCCACCAGCAGCCAGCCUGGACAGACAGCUAUCCCACGUGCAAUGUUUCCAGCGGGUUUUUUGGAGGCCAGUGGCAUGAAAUCCAUCCUCAGUACUGGACCAAGUACCAGGUAUGGGAGUGGCUCCAGCAUCUCCUGGACACCAACCAGCUGGACGCCAGCUGCAUCCCUUUCCAGGAGUUCGAUAUCAAUGGCGAGCACCUCUGCAGCAUGAGUUUGCAAGAGUUCACCCGGGCAGCGGGGACGGCGGGGCAGCUCCUCUUCAACAACUUGCAGCAUCUCAAGUGGAAUGGCCAGUGCAGCAGUGACUUGUUCCAGUCCACACACAAUGUCAUUGUCAAGACAGAACAAACAGACCCUUCCAUCAUGAACACCUGGAAAGAAGAAAACUAUUUAUAUGAUACCAACUAUGGUGGCACAGUAGAUUUGCUGGACAGCAAGACUUUCUGCCGGGCCCAGAUCUCUAUGACAGCAACUGGUCACCUUUCUGUUGCAGAGUCACCUGAGGUGAAAAAGGAACAAGAUCACCCUGCCAAGUCCCAUACCAAGAAGCACAAUCCUCGAGGGACACACUUAUGGGAAUUCAUCCGAGACAUCCUUCUGAACCCAGACAAGAACCCAGGGUUAAUCAAGUGGGAAGACCGUUCAGAGGGCAUCUUCAGGUUCUUGAAAUCAGAAGCUGUGGCUCAGCUGUGGGGGAAAAAGAAAAACAAUAGUAGCAUGACCUACGAGAAGCUCAGCCGAGCGAUGAGGUAUUACUACAAGAGAGAAAUUCUGGAACGUGUGGAUGGACGAAGACUGGUAUAUAAAUUUGGGAAGAAUGCACGUGGAUGGAGAGAAAAUGAAAAUUGAAGCUGUCGACGCUUUGACCACAAACUAAAACAUGCCCCCAAAUGAUUAAAAAUCAAGAACUCCUGGACGUAAAUAUUUAAAAGACUACUUUCCUGUGAUAUUUAUGUACCAUGAUGGGAGAAAUAAUCUACUUCUAAAGGGAAGAAAGAACACUACAGUUGAUAAAAUUAUUUUGUUACUUUGAAGUAUGUCCUAUGUGGGGAACAAACGUACACAGUUUUCUGUGAAAUAUGAUGCUGUAUGUGGUUGUGAUUUGUUUUUCCUCUGUUGUGAAGUUCUUUUCUGCUGCAAGAGCAGGGUUUGUGCUUCUUGCUGAGAGAAAGAAAAAAAAUAAGAGGGCAUUAAAUGUUUUUAUAUGCAAAAUGAUUUAGAAAAAGGUGAUGUGUCCUCUGCACAUAAGCAUCCACAUGGCCUCCUCAAGAGAGAUGAGCAUGGUUGCUAGGAGGAACUCAGGAUCUCAGAUUGACGGGAUGAACCAGAGGAUGCUGGGAAGUUUAGCCUGACCUUAAGAACCAGUGGGUGGGAAUGAAGACUUCCAAAAUCCAGGUGGACUGUAAUCACUGCAUUAUCUCCUGACUUGCAAUAUUUAAAUCAGCAAGAAGAAUGAUGGUGGGGGGUUUUAUACAAAUUCAGGAAUGAUUUACCUGAUGCCAAGGCUAUCUUUCCCCCUCCCCCUCAGAUGACUGGUAACAAAAAUUCAAUUUCCUCCUCUGCUCACUUCCAGUUAUUUAUGAGAGUGUACAGCCUUGGUUAUUUUUAUGCCAAUUGCUUAAAAAUAAAUGGGAAACAGGAAGUGGUGAUGAGUUUGCUCUUGUAUUUCUAUAAUCCAUAGUUUCUCAAUUAGCACAGUGCACAUUUUUGGCUGAGUAGUUCUUUGUUGUGCAUUAUUUGGCUGCUGUGUACAAUGUAGGAUGUUCAUCAGUAGCCAUGACUUCUACCGACUAGACGCAGAUAGCAUGCCCAUUCCCCAGGUUGUGACGAACAAAAAUGUCUUCCGACAUUGCUAAAUGUCCCCUGCGGGGCAACGUUGCUUUUAAUGGAGAACCACUGAUGUAGCCAGUCAAGAUGAAGAUGGCGUUUUAGUCUCAGAACAAAAAGAUGUAUGAAGUCUUUUAGUCCAUAGCAUGAAGCAAAACCAAGACAUCAAAGCAAUCUAUUUUUAAUUUUUAAAAUGAUAGGAACAGUGGGUUGAAAUAGCUAGAGGGAUUUCUUUCCAGAAUCCCAGAUGACAGGCAACAUUAGAUAAAUCAAACAUAGUAAUGUAGUGAGAACUGCAACAGGAGACAUUUUCACUGGGAUUACAAAGCAGAGUAAAAAUGACUUUGCGGAAGGAAAUAUGGAGAGAAGAGUGCGUGUGUGUGUUGAGAAAGGCAGGGAGAGAGAGAGAAGGACAGUGUUCUAGGGAAAAGCUUUGCUGAUGUUACUUUUUAUAAUCUUUUCUUUUUUGGAUAAUCUCUCAUCCCAAAAGUGAAUGCUGCAUUGUCCAGAUUUGCAAUCAUUUUUUUUUUUUUAAGAAAGAAAAGGAAGGAAGGGUGGAAGAGAACAACAGAAAGCUCAGCUCAGGAGUUGUUGUCAGAAAGGAAUUGGAGACUUCUUCAAUGAUGAGCCUGUCCCGGGGUACCUGGAGACUUAUUGGGUUCUGCAAUCUGGGAGGAACAUGAACCUGUAGACACUUUGAGAAUGGGUUUGAACCUCCAGAUUCCUUUUGCAGCUUUUCUUUUUGGCUCGCUGUAUCCUUGGCUUUCUCUUCCUCCUGCCUCUCUAUCUUGAGCAAUAAAAUGGGGAUGAGGACAUGUACCAGUAAGGAGCACUCUUCAUCAAUUAAUGGAGCACCUACCAGUAUCUUACCCAGUGGAGGUGACUGAGUCAUACUCAAAGGUUGCAAAGUCUUUGCAAUGUAUUCAGGAGACUGGAAGUAGGAAGAAUUAAGACUUUUCCUAAUUCUAAUAAGAUCCGUUAUGGAUGGUGACCUUAUAGCACCAGCUUAGUGAGAUGACCUUCUGAAAGUACAACCAAGUCCAUUUUUAUUUCUGCCUGGCUUGGUCACCUCCACAAAGGUGUUAUUUAGUGUUGUCAAGUCACAGUUACUGGUGAAACUAAGAGAAAUAACAAUGAACAGCACAGAUCUGAGAUGUCCUUGCAUCAAAGGCACACCUUUUCCAAGUAAGGCUAUAGAAUGGUGAGGCCAUCCCAGCACUUGACUACACUUUGCACAGAACAAAUUAAACAUCCAGAUAUUUGAACUGGUGUCAAUGCUUGAAUGUUUGUGUGUCUGAAUUGUGUAAAGUUAUUAGAGAUAGCUGCUAAUUCUCACUCUGCUGUUCUUUCCCUGGCUUUGCCUCUUCAUCAUCUUAAGGUGGCUAAAUCCUUCUCUAACUUCACUGUUCCCCAAAUCUGUUUCUCACAUUCCUCCAAAUUGCCCUUGGCUCUCUCUUCACCUUCUCCAAAGAAGAGCAAUCCCUGUUGUGUAGUGAGUCUGGGGAGUACCAAAUGGAACAGUUCUGUGGAUAAUUAGCAGAUGGUGUUAUUUGUUGAAAGUGACAGUUUCUUGACAACUGGUUCCUGCUUAAAUAGGCUGGAGUAUUAAGUUCUUAGCAUCUCUCUCUGUUGUAUUGGCUUGAGUUUGAUGUAUUUUCUAUGAGCUAUUCAUGACUUGGAGAACUCAAAAUAAUUAAUCCAUGCCAACUUGGUGUAUGAACAGAAUAUUUCCUACCACAGUGUUGUGUGGGAAAGCAAAAUCCCAGAGAAAGUCAGCAACAGGUGAAGCCCCCUUCCUCUGGGGACUCACAACUUCUUACUUGAGAUACGUGUUUGUCCUGGGUGUACACAUGAUCACUACACUGGUCCCCUUGACUGCUCCUUACACUAAAGGCUUGGGCUGUUAUCAUUAUUUUCAUGGGAACCUGAGGCAAAAAAAUGGUUUGCUAAGAUUUUAUCAGACUCAAGUCAACCAAGGCUCCUAGAUACUUGACUUGAUGAAACUUAAGCAAGGCCCUGGUUCCCAGAGAUAUACCUACAGAUUCCUGAACUUGACUUCUGAGCAGGGAAGACCUAGAUAAUGAGAUUUCCUUUGAACACAUUGUUUCUUCCUCAAAGUUCCUGCCUUGCUAGGCUGUAAGCUCUAUGAGGGCAGGGACUGUAUCUCAUCAAUAUUGUUUUCCCAGUAGCUAGCAUGAGAUAGAUCCUUUAUGAAUAUUUGCUGAGUGGGUGAAUAAAUGUCUUCUGGAAGACUCCUUGGAUCAGGAGGCCAUAUCCAUAAUCGGGAUGUGAAUCAUUUCUUCACUGGAAUAAGAGUACAGUGGUCAAGCUGUCAAGGACAUAUUACUGAUGAGAUGAACAUCUUACUGUGACACUCCCCUUUGCCUUCCUACCUGUGCUGAGAUGAAACCAAAACAAGUUGCUUGGUUCCACAAGUCAACAUACAUGGAAUGAGAAUUUUGUUGCCUUAUUAGGAGCUGUGAGACUUAUCUGGUACAAGAAGCCAGUAAUGACCUGUUUUAACCAAUGAAGAUUAUAAAUGUGUUUAUAUGAUGUAAAUUUCUAUUUAAGUGUAAAAGAGGCCUAAGUUUUAGAGUGUUCAGUUUGGUAUCUAUAUUUUUUUCUUUUUGAAAAAUACUGAGGGAUCUUUUGGUAAGGCUAGUCAUACAUGUCAGAUUUAGUUCUGCAAGUGUGUUGUGUUUCAAAUGUAUAAAAUACAGGAAAAGCUAAAGUAGUAAGACGGAAAGGCAAUUAUACUAGUCUUCAAUAGUUAAAAAAGCAUUUGUUGAGUACAUACUAUGUGUACAGCAUGGAACCAUACGUGUAAGGAGCUUAUCUGAUUAUAUGGUGUUUAUUAGAUACUCCAUAUGAACCCACUGGGUGGAUACGUACUGUGUGAAAGAAAGAUCAGCAUAGCAAUCACAACAUCCGAGCUGAGUUAUCCUCAGGAUGGUUCUCAGGAUUUCAGUUCUGGAGUAAGAGAUAGAGCACUUACUAAGAACCUGUUGAGACUGUGCCUUAUGAACCACUGAAAUGUAUGUCUUCACAAAUUUAGCUUAAUUGGGAUUAAUCUUGUAGUAGCAUCUGCAUAAUUUCUGCUUUUCUUCCCAUUUGGCUUCUCGACUGAAAAGUUGUGGGAAACAACCCUACUGCCACUGUUUUUGAAAAAAUCAGAAAUCUUGCCCUUUAAACUAUGUUAAAUCCAAACUAAGUAUUUCUGUUUUAGAAAGAUUAUAUUUUUUCAAAUAUGUUUUUUUUUUGUUUGAUGGGUCCCAGGAAACACUAAUAAAAACCACAGAGACCGGCCUGCAA